GCUUCAUUCACUUACAAAAUUAUUCAGACCGAACACAGAUUAGAUUCGAUCGUUUGAUAUGAAACAGGGAUGUGAGGGCGAAGAUGACACUGAAGAUAUUCAUCCAGAUUGCUCUGCUUGGCCUCCUUGAGCCGGUGAUUGGCCAGAACUUCUAUUAUUUGGGGAUGAAAUGUACGACGGCUACAUUUGCGGCCGCGAUGUACAAUAUCCUACCAGCCGUAACAUUCGUUAUGGCCUAUAUCUUCAGGCUCGAAAAAGCGAACCUGCGGUGCAUCAGGGGCAUCGCUAAGAUCAUCGGGACGGCUGCUACGGUGGCUGGAGCCAUGGUGAUGACCCUCCUCAAGGGUCCGGUUUUUGACUUAUGGAAAAAGGGCUCAUCACCUAAGAAUAGUGUAACAGUCGGGAUUGAUACAAGGAGUGCGAUUGAAGGAGCCGUUCUGAUCACAGUCGGGUGCUUGGGCAACGCCGGUUUCAUGAUUCUACAAGCAAUCACGAUAAGAUCGUAUCCCGCCGAACUCUCUCUAACAGCUUGGAUAUGCUUUCUGGGCACGAUCGAGGGAGCCGCUCUAGCUCUCAUUAUGGUAAAAGGGGAUCCUGGCGUCUGGGCGAUCGGGUGGGACAACAGGCUGAUUACUUGCUUUUACAAUGGAAUCGUAUGUUCGGGACUUGCGUACUACAUUGGAGGACUUGCGAUGAAAGACAGAGGCCCCGUGUUUGUUAAUUCCUUCAGUCCUCUGUGCAUGAUGAUCGUAGCGUUCAUGUCGUCCAUCAUCUUCAAGGAGCGGAUGUAUCUGGGAAUGGUUCUUGGUGUGGUGGUAAUAUGCGCAGGAUUAUAUGCUGUGAUAUGGGGUAAAGAGAAAGAUUACGAGAGUUCGAAUGAAGAACCAGAACAAGGGGAAGUAGAAAUGGGGGGUAAUGGUCUCGAUCACGAAGAACAAGAGAGUUUGAAUGAAGAACCAGAACAAGGGAAAGUAGAAAUGGGGGGUAAUGGUCUCGAUCACGAAGAACAAGAGAGUUUGAAUGAAGAACCAGAACAAGCGGAAGUAGAAAUGGGCGGUAAUGGUCUCGAUCACGAAGAACAAGAGGGAGAUGCCAAUACAGAGGACAAACGAGUUCUAGAAACGGUUUAAGAAUAUAUGUUCGGGGAUAGUUUCUAUCUUAAUUGUCAUGGGGAUAGAAAGGUUCUGCUGAAGAACAGAUGUUUGAUUAUGGACUUUGUCUUGUUUUAAAAGCGA